AUGUACAUUUAAAAUAGGUGAUACUAAAUGUAGUUUAUAAGAUAGCUGUGAAUAAUUAAUUGAUUAAACAGAUGCAAGAACCUGUAAUACUUAAAAAAAUUUUUAAGCUUUUGGACUAUGUUAAAAAGCCACUAAUUCAAAUUGUCUAACCUUAUCUAAGGAUUGUUCUUCCUAUAAAUUUGAUUCUACAUUAACUACUAUUUAAAAAUAAUAAUUAUGUUGGGGAUUGUGGAUUAUUGUUGAUCGAGAAAGAUUGGCAACACCGUUAGCAGAAUAUAAGAAAUGUGUGUUUAAAGCAGGUAGUUCAUGUGAUGCUAUUACUAAUUGCUCAGAUAUUUAUUCUGCUUCAAGUUAAAGAGAAUGUUAAGGAUUUUAAAAAGGAUGCUUAUAUUUUGGUGGUAAGUGUUAUGCUGCUGUUUCUUCUGGCAAUUGUCCCUCAACAUUUCCAACUGGAAUAACAACAGAUUCUUAAAAAUCUCUUUAUUGUAGAAGUAUCAAAGAAGCCAGUGAUUAUUGUAGAAUAAAAUCUGAUAAAAGCAAAUGCGAACUAGCAAAUAAUGCAGAUUGUGCUAGUAUUACAAUUCCUACUUCAGGUAGUUGGGAUUCCAUUAGUGAUCCAACUUCAAAUGCAUUCAAAUCUUCUUAUUGUCUAGCUCAAUCAUAUAAAGAUAGAAGUAAAUUAUGUAAAUAUACUUCUGGAAGUAACUGUAGUGAUGCAACAUGUGCAGAUAUUCCUUCACCAACUAGUUAAGGAGAUUGUGAUAAUUACAUAUCUGGAUGUAUUUAUUUUAAUAAUAAAUGUUAUCCACCAGGAAUUGUUGAAAGCGAUGGUGAUUGUGCUGAUAAUGAUAAAGUACCUAUGGAUUCAGAAUUAACAGCAACAUAAAAAUUAGCAUAUUGUUAAUUAUAUGCAAAAUCUAAUAGAUCAAUAUUUUGUACAUUUGAUUAAUUUAAUCCUACUCCUCAAACCCAAUGUGUUGUUGGUAAUAAUUGUAAUGCCUAUACAGAAUUGCCAAAUACUAAUGAUGCUGAUAAAUCAAUAUAUUGUUUAAAUAAAGUUAAUAAAAUUGGUAGGAGUUGUGCAUUCACAGUAGGUGAUACUACAUGUAGAGAGUUUGAUUGCUAAGAUAUAAAGAAUCCAAUUUCUUAAAUAGAUUGUGACUAAGGUUCAUAAGGAGGUUUAUGUGCUUAUUAAUAAGGUGUGUGUUAUAAUUGGAAUGAAGAUUGUUAAAAUAUCCUUGCUUUAAGUGGAAAUGAGUAGAUUUAUUGUGAAUCAUUAUAAACAAAAAAUUAUUGUACUUACAUAUCAGGAACAACAUGCACAGAUUUUAAAGAGUGUCAUCUUUAUAGUGUAACAGAAAAUUAAGCCUCUAUUUGUGCAAAAUUGACAGAUGGAACAGAUAAAUGUACUUACAUUUCUGGUAAUAAUUGUGUCUUAUUGGGUUCUUGUGAAAGUUAUGAUGGAACAGAUACAGCAGAAAAGGGACCUGCAGAAGGUUAAGAAGAGAUAGAAUGUAAAGCAGUUAAAUCAGUAGAUGGCUAUCCAUGCAUUAUGGAUUCUAGUAAAAAAUGCAGAACUUAAGUUUGUACUGAUAACGAUGCAAGUGCUACAGAUUGUAUUAAUAAUGCACUUGAUUGUCUCUAUUAUUCAAAUAAAUGCAUAAAAAAAGACAGUUGUGCAAAAUAUACACCAUAAGGUGAUGAUGAUACAUCUAAAUAAAUAUGGUGUGAAGGAGUCUAAAAUGAUACAGGAGAUUUUUGUGCUUGGGAUUCAGUUAAUUCAAAAUGUAGAGAUAGAUCAUGUAGUGAUAAAGCAUUUUAUACUGAUUUCGAUUGUUAAAGUUAUCAUAAAUCUUGUAAAACAAAUGGAACUAUUUGUAUAGCAUAAAGUAGAGCAUGUACUUCAAAUAAUGGUUCAGAUGAUUUUUGUAAUACCUUAUUAGAUUCAACAGGAAAAGAUAGAUGUAGACCUAUUGCAACUGCUACUACUACAUCUUCUCCAUGCACCAUUAGAACUUGUUAUGACAACGUUACUGCAACAACUGAUUCUGAAUGUGAUACUUAUUUAAGUGGAUGUGUAACUCGUGGUACAGGAUGCAUUCCAAAUUCAGAACCAUGUACAUCAUACAGAGGAACUAAAUAAUAAUGUGAAUUAUUUAAAAAAUAUACUGGAUUAGAUGAUAAGAAAAAUCCUACUUAUGAAUAUUGUUCUGGAGAUGCUGGAAAUAUUGUCACAAGUAAAUGUAAAGAAAGAACUUGUGCAGAUAAUACUACAGCUACAUCUGAUGCUGAAUGUGCUACUUAUAUGAAAGGAUGUAUUACCAAAGGUACUGGAUGUCUUGAUGCAACUUCAUCAUGUACUGUAUUUAAGGGAGAUUAAGCAAUAUGUGCUAAAUUCUUGGGCACUUCAGGUAGAGAUUAUUGUUGGAAUACUUCAACUGCAUUAGUUACAGCUAAUUGUGCUAAAAAGAAGUGCAGUGAUAUUUCAGGAAAAAACAAUAAAGAAUGCAAUGAUGGUAUGCCACCAUUUAAAACUACUGAUGAUCCUUUCUGUGUUUUUGAUGGAACUUCAUGUAUUGAUUAUGGAAAGAAUUGUAAUGCCUUCAAUGGAACUGAAGAGACAUGCCCUACUUAUUUAGGUAAAGAUGGUCCAUGUAAAGCUACAACUGUUGGAACUCUUAAAGGAUCAUGUGCUAAGAGAGUAUGUACAGAAGCACCUAAUACUCUUACUACUGAUGCUGAUUGUUAGAAAUAUCAUAAAGAUUGUUAUACAACUGGUUAUGGAUGCACAAAUACUAAAUAAUGUUUUAAUUUGACAUCAUAAGCUGCUUGUAAAUUAAGAGAAGAAUGCACUUGGGCUAAUUAAUGCACAAAUGCUAUUACUUCAUGUUCUACUUAAAGUAACACUAAUUAUUCAUAAUGUACAAAUUCUAAAGUGAAUGGUAAAUUUUGUGCAUGGUAAGAAUCUAAUUCAACUUGUAGAGCUUAAGUAUGCGAAGAUCAACCAGCAACAAUUACUUCUCAUGCUUAAUGUUAAAACUUUGCUGAUACUUGUACAACAACUGGAGCUGGUUGUAUCACUAUUUCAGCCUGCACAUUAUACAAGACCCAAUCUAUCUGUAUAGCUGCCUCAACUACUAAAGAUGGAGUUGGAAGAUGUGGUUGGGACGUCACAACAAAUAAAUGUAGAAAUAGAAUUUGCAAUGAUAGGAAUGGUAUAACUGAUGAAGAAUGUAACAUUUUCUUAUCAGGAUGUAAAACAAAUGGAUCUGGUUGUGUGACUGGAGCCUCAUGCACUGAAUUUUCCAAUAAAUAAUUCUGUAUUAAAUCCAACUCAGGACCAUGUCUUUGGGUUAAUGGAUAAUGUUAUGAUUAUGACAGAUGUGAAGAUGCUUUAAAAAAGUCACAUUCUGAAUGCUAAGCAUUUUCACCAUUAUGUACAACCAAUGGAGACACAUGCAUUCCUAUUACAUCUUGUGCCAGCACAUCAUUAAAAGCUUCUUGUGUUGUCGGAACAGAUGGAUCUUGUGGAUGGUUACCUACCGGAAAAUGUUAGAAGUUCGGACUAUGUACAGAUGCUGUGGCUGCUACUAAUGAUGAAUGUCUCUCUUAUGGACCAACAUGUAUCACUGAUGGAACAACAUGUUUAGCUAAAUCAACUUGUGGUAGCUACAAGACAUAAACAGCAUGUAAUAAUAAUGGAACUGAUGGUAUAUGCUUUUGGAAUGCUACAACUAAUAUUUGCAAAUUGAAGGAGUGUGGUGAUGAAUAAAAGGGUACUUAUGAUUAAUGCAAGCUUAUUUCUGUCACAGGAGGAUUAUGCACAACAGAUGGAACCAAAUGCAUACCACUAUCAACAUGCUCAAAUUAUGUUGAAGCUGGAUGUUUCAAUGGAACUGAUGGAGAAUGUACAUUUGCAUUACCAAUUGGAGCUACUACAGGAAACAAAAUCUGCAGAUUAAAAUAAUGUGAAGAUAUUUCUAAUGGAACUUCAAAUGCUAACUGUACUGGAGUUAUCUCUGGAAAGUCAUGUGUAUCGAAUGGAAUAAAUUGUAUUUCCAAGUCUACUUGUUCAACUUAUAAAACUAUUACUGCUUGUAAUGGGGGUGGCUUAGAAAAUAAUAAAUCAAUUGUUUGCGCUUUCACUCCUACUGGUACUGAUAAAGUUAAUGGAACUUGCAAGACAUUCUCAGCAUGCACUGAUGCAAACAAAGAUAAACUCGCUUGCACAACUAAUCCAUCAUGUAAAUGGACUGAAAACUCAACAGGAACAUCCUGUGUUAAUAAUUAAUGUGAUACCUUUGCCAUAGGAAGUGAUUGUUAACCCAUUCCAAGUUUUGAUGGAACUUCAUCCACAAUUUGUGUUCUUUAAAGUGGAAAAUGUACUGCUACUGAUCCAGGAACAAUCACAGAUUCCAAAAUUUGCUAUUCUAAAUCAGCUUACACUUACAGUUGGAAUGCAGCAACAAAUAAAUGUGAAAGUUGCCUUUCAGGAUCUGUCAAUCCAAAUAAUUCAAAUAAUACAAUAGAUAAUGGAGUAACUACUGAAAGUGCUUAUUUAUUGUCAGCAGUUUCAUUAGGUAUUUUAGGAUUAAUGGCAUGA